GCAGUUCUUCGAAAUGUGGAUACUUAGAACAGCCUGCUUCCUCAUAGUCAGUGAAAAAAUAGGCAUUUCUCAGAGAAGUUUGUCUUAUUCUUUACCUAAAAGAGGGUAAGAUGAGUCACAUUCUCUAGGAGCCUGUUUCUUUUCAUUGUCCAUACAGGGACCCUAUAUAGCUCAUCUACAAGCUCAGAUAUAAGCAUCUGGCUAAGUGAGGUGAAUCCUGAUCUGUCGUUCUGAAAGUAUUAUCUCCUAGGCAGUGCACAGUCAACUCGAAGUUCAGCUCAGUCAGACACAUUAAAGAGGGAACAUUGCUUCUGUGUUCCAAGAUGGGCAAGUUACAGUGACCUUUCCAGUGCGUAUUUUCCUUGCUGGAGUGGACUGUUUUGCUCUAGUUGACUGUACUUCUAGGAUCACUUGUUUCAACUACAGGUUCCUCUAAAUCUUCAGAUUUGCCUUUUUUACAUUUAUUGAACAGAAAAUCUUUUGCCUUCAUUUCUCUUUGCCCACAGAUUUUAAUAGAGCCUAAAAAUUUGGUAUGGGCUUUGAAUGAAUGAACAAUAUAUAUCCUCUUUGAAAUAUGCUAAUAGGACAAGGUUACGAGAAAUAGAUGUACACACACCAAAAUCUUUCCAGGGCAGGAUGAGAAAUCCCCUCUCCUGUUUCUCUUUCCCCAGUUCUGCUCACAAAUAUGUUUCGCUGACCUUGCACAUGGGAAUAGCCAUCUCACUAAAAUGUCAGAAAACUAAUUUGGGAAAACCAGAAGCCUUUUAACUCAUUAAAUCUUUAGUCUUGAGAUCAAAUGGACACUGUCCCGGACAGUGAGACAUGAUGGGGGAACUGCAUUACUGAGGGUCGAAAGGAAGGAACUGACUCAAAAGCAAUAGGAACAGGUAAAAAGUAAAGAGGCAAGCACUGUCAAACUGCUGAUUUGUUCCACUCAUUAAGUGAACUGUCAUCUCCUGAUUUAAUACAGGUGUUUUUCACUCCAUAUAAUAACUGAAGUUAAUUUUGUUGUAAUUUGCAGUUCCUUAUUCUGCUAUCAGGAUGUGUACCUGUGUCUUAGCUCACAGGAGUUCUUAUUUCACGUGUGAUUUAUGAUAUUCUAUAUCCAUUUUAAAUUACAAUAUUUGCAUCCCCCAUUUUUAGGUAAUUUCAAUGAACUGAUCUUCUGAUAAAGUCCUAUAAUUAAAGGUUACUGAGAAGGUAUACCUGAGCUUUAUCAGUGGUGUGAAUACAAUUCCGUAGUUUUGAUUCUGUGAAAAUGGUGAGAAAUUAACUAUAAUUAAGAAUGAUCUCAUAUAUUUGCUUUUGUUCACCUCUUAGUAAAUUUUACUGUAAACUGGCUAAAGACUCUUCUGAGAAAUUAAUGAAUACAUGUGGAACUACAUGCAAAACCUAACUAUCCCUAGUAGGUUUAAAAUGAAUUCAAGGAAAAAACUAUUUUUUUCCUAUUAAAUAAAGAAUAUUCUCUGGCAAUAUUAUUCCACAUGUAGAACUUUUAGGUCUAAGAUAAACUCACUGUGUCAUAAGUUGCUGCAGUUACAAGGUCAUCUUAAUCUCCUCCUUAUGUGUUCCUAAAAAAAUUCUAAUUGAAAUAUUACAAAAUUGCAAAGAUUAGAACAGAAAAAAAGUCUUUUAUUAUGCUUAGUAAUCAUCUAAACAGGCUAUUAGUAUUUUGUUGAGUGGAUUAUUUUAAUUUAUUUUGGGGUAUUUAUUUCCAAAUCAUUUAGUCCCUUAAAAAACAACAACAACAAAAACAGAGAUAGAAAAUCUUUUGUCAGUUAUGCCAGCUUAAGUAGGAGAUAUCAUAAGUAGGAGAUUUCAGACUCCAAUCUGAUGACUAAAAUUACAAACCUGUAAGAGAUUACAAAAACCUCAUGGAAAUAUUCUUCCUGUGAUUAUGAUGACCUAUAGUGCAUUUUGUUUCUGAAACCAUGUGUCACCUUUGCUUUUUUUGGAGGAGUUAAACUCUGUAAAAGGUAACAAAGAAAUAAGUAUUUCCUAUUACAACCAUGGUAAAAUAAAAGAGGGUUAUUUCCCACAAACUGCUUAGCUGACAUGGAAAAUUCCUUCUCCAACUGAAUUCUUAAAUGCACAGGUAUUCUUUGUUAUACUAGUCUGUCUAUUUCUUUUUUGGUAUGACUUCAGUAGGUUAGCAGUAAUUUAGAAUUUUUUAUUUCCGUUGCAGAAAAAUAUUUUUUAUUGCAUUUAGUGGAGAAUGCAGGGUUUGCAUUUGGUGCUGAGCUUUUGGUUGAGCAAGCUUUUGUAGUGGAUCUAAUUUGCUUAUAUAUUUGUAAUUUCCAAUUCCAGUUUCCCCACUGUGGUUGCAAAAUAAAGAGUACUAUGAUUAGGUAACAGUGGCUAUGAGUAAUUAAAUACUUCUGCAAAAUUAUCUUGAGGCAUUAAAGAAGAUAUAAAUUUAUUUUAUUUCUGGUACUAUCACUGGGCCCUAUUGAUGGUCACAGACAUUGUGCAAAAGUAGUGUGUUUUUUACAGAAACAAUUUUUUAGACUAGCUGAGGCUUUGGUCCACAAAGAAAAAAAAAAAAAAAAGAAAGUCUCAUUCAUUUUGCUGGAGUCUUUUGCACUGUAAUUUCUGAAUUCAUUAGUGUCUUGCACAGUGAUUCAAACAGGAACUUUGUCUGCAAUGAUGCUAGCGCGUUAGACCUGGUUCCCAUUGAUUCCACCUCUUAUCCAGAAACUGCAUGCAUGUUACAUUGAGGUACCAGAAAGAGUUCGGAGAAGGACAGUGAAGCUGGUGAUGGUUCUGGAGCACAAGUCUGAUGAGGAGCAGCUGAGGGAACUGGGGCUGUUCAGCCUGGAGAAAAGGAGGCUGAGACCUUAUCACUGUCUACAACUACCUGAAAGGAGGUUGUAGCAUGGAGGGUGUUUGGUCUCUUCUCCCAAACAGUGACAGGACAAGAGAAAAUGGCCACAAAUUGUGCUUGGGGAGGUUUAGAUUGGAUAUUAGGAAAAAAUUCUUCACAGAAGGGGUUGUCAGGCAUUAGAACAGGCUGCCCAGGGAAAUGGCGGAGUCACUGUCCCUGGCGGUGUUUAGAAGGCAUUUAGAUGAGGUUUGUAGGGACAUGGCUUAGUGCUGGAGUUAGGUUAUGGUUAGACUUGAUGAUCCUGAGGGUCUCUUCCAACCGAAAUGAUUCCAUGGUUCUUCAAGGGUGAAUGAAAACUGUUACAUACAGAACAAGCUGAACUAAGAAUUAAUGUAAAUUGAUGUUUCUGGGUCAUUCUUUCCAAGAUAAAGUGAGUUGUUUGUGAAGAAGGUAGCAAAUUAACCAUACAGAAUUGCUCUAUAGGCCCCAUUAAAUAGAGGUUUUGAGAUCAGUGAGAGCUGAAAGAUCUCCAUCUUUCAAUCCAAAAGCUUACUUUGGUUCACUCAACCCUUGAACCCAACCAUGGAUGUCAAAUCUGUUGUCCAAACUGUCACUCUGGGCAUUGGGUAGCUGAGCAGACAAUGACCAAAGGACCAUCCAGAACAUAAUGGACAAGGUUUACUGGCUGUACAUAUAUAACUAUGCAAAACUCACCCAUGAUGUGUAGUCCUGUUAAUGACAUCUUAUAUCUGUUCUCUCUAAUGUCCUGGGAGUCUGGGGAACUUGGAAAUUAUGUAACUCAGAACAAGACUCAGCUUUUCUUCAUUCUGAGUGUUCACAGGUUUGCUCUUCUGGUCACUUUCUGUCAUUUUUCCAGUUUCUUGCCUGUCAUGUUUUCACUUAAUUCAGCAGUUGUUUCACUUCUUUAAGCUGUUAUGCUAUUUCCUUUAUCUUCUCCAGUCUCAUUUAAGAAGUCAUAAAUCACUGUGGCAAAUGCUCAUUGUCUUGUUACAUUUUGGGUUCAAUCUAGUUUACUAACUGCCAGCUGCUUAACCUAGAAGAGGCCAGGUGGCAAAAUCAGCUUUUGUUUACGACUAAAUUAUGACUAAUUGUCUCUUAGUGGCAGUGAUUCUCUAAGGUAGAAACUGUUACCUAGCUUUCUCCAAUUCCCAUGUGCAUAUACAACUCAUUUAUUGGUUUUGUUGUUCUUUUACUUUUGACAGUGGUGUACAUUUUAGGUGCAUGUUUAUUCUUAUUUUGGCUAUAUUAAGAUACUAGAAGUUUAUGAACAAUUGAACACCCAAAUAAAAAUAUUAAAAUAGACUACAAAUGAAGAAAGUACAAUGAAUACCCAAAAUCAAAAUUUCCCUUUUUAUUUCUUUGUUUGGCAUUUGGUUUGAAUUUCUCUCAAGAUCUUGUAUUUGUAAUCUUUCUACAUUUCUAUUCCAACAAGCUAAAAUGGUGAAGAUUUCUAAUGCACAAUCUGGAUUAGACUCUGUGUUAAUAAAUUUAAAGGCAUUUUUCUAUUUCCAUGUUUUCCAGGUAAAAUAAGAAGUUACUUUAAUAAAACCAUAAAUCAGUCUCAGGCAAAUAUUUAUAUUCUAUAAGAGUUUGAAUUAAGGGAGAUCUUUUUAUCCAAACCAAGAUGGCUUUAUUGAAAGUUUUGACUCCACUGAGAAAUACUUUAACCUUUUAAGUAAUCUUAUUGAAGCCGAAGCUCACUGGUGUUUAUCUUAAUUAGUUAAUACGUGUUAAAUGACACGUUGUCUACCUUAUGUCCGCUAACAUGUCAGACUGGGAUUCUUUAAAAAUUGCCAGCUCUUCUAAUGUCAAAAGGCAAACAACUUUUCUUUCAGUUCCCUGACUUUCAUUGUCUUCUGUCAUGUGAUGUCAUAAUUUGAGGUGUCAUUUGAGACUACCUAUGAUUACACCUUUAACAUUAAGCUGGAAAAAAAGAACUUCUGAUUUCCUCAAUAAGUCAUAAAGAGCCAAAAUAAAAUACAAUUCCAAAUCUUUUUCCCUUUACAAAAUAUCAUAAAAUUCAGCUCUUAGAGACACAAUUAAGUAGGCAAAGAAGCCCUGAUACCAGUUUACAUCAACACUGAAGCUGUUAAUAGGCUGACCAACACUUUUACAUAUACAUCUAGCACUUGCCACAGCCUUUCCUGUUGUUACUUUAUUUAAUACCCUAAAUGGGGUGCAUAAUUAGUAAGUAGGCUAUUCAUGGAAGUGUUGUUUCCUUCUAAGAGGAAUUUGUCAGAUUUUCCUUACAUAACUGUAAAUAUUGAGUCUCUCCAAGAACAUUGUUUUGAUGCUUGAAACAAUUUUAAAGGAAGUUGGGGAAGGCAUUUUGCCCACUUCGCUGUCGCAAAGUUUAUGCUUAGAAUGGAUAUGUCUGUGUUACAUGACUAUAAUUAGAUGGGAUUACUCAGGGUCUUGUUUUUCUUUAUCCAGUGUACAGUGAGGUAUGUUUGUCAGACCUGAAGAAUUUUUAGAGGGUAUUAAGAUUAUAGUAGUAAUGGAUUAGGCUGUCAAUAAAUGAUAUCAGAAGUACUGUGACAUAGUUUUUUUGGACUAUGAUUUGCAUGUAUAUGCACGUUUGUAUUCAUACUGUAUUCACUGUGUGUCUUGAGCAGUGCACAGCUCAUUCUGUAAUCAGAUUAUUAGCUCAAUCAUAUUAGAGUACUUUAUACUCUGAGGAUAUUCCCUUAAUCCCAUUCCUUUAGUACACAGAAAAUACGGCAAAUAGCAGUAAUGAACAUUAAGCUCAAAGAAUAGUCCCUUGCUCUCCACCCCCCACCUCUGCAGCUUUAGAAUUAAAGAGACUUUUCUUGAGCAUACAGGUGGAAGAAAUCAAAACCAAACACUGACACUUUCCUUUGCUGCCCUCUUAAUUGUUUACCUCCAUUUUACCAACUAACCAUUUGGACAGCUAGGAAGUUUACAUUGCCGAAAUAUGUAAACUAACAGGCAGUAAAGUAUCAUGUCUUAUAGAUUGUCAUACUUUAUUAGCAUAUGGAGCUUUGAUGUUAUAUAAAACACCACUUAGAGCUUACUAGUCAUAAGAUAUACUUAUGAAAGUAAAAUACUUGUUUAUUCUUUUUUAUGUAUACUUUAAGUACAAAUCAGUAGGCUUCCUAUGCAUAUUAAAAAGUUUCAGCAUUCCUUUCUGCCAGGUAGUCACUAUGGCUACAUCUUUUUCAGUAAAUUAAAUAUGCCCAGGAAUACUGCCUUGGAGGCCAACUGACAUGAAAUACUCUAUGUCCCUGCUUUUAAAUUGCCUUGCCCUCCAAAACACUGUAGUUGCACGCAGACCGCCUACUAGGAUUAGUCCCUUGUGCAAGUACCAGAUUUGUAUUCAAAUCUGCAGUUCUUUGAGAGACUAAUACAUGACUUACACCAAAUCUGUGUCAGGGACCAUUCCAAAAAUUUAACAGUAUAGGCAAUCACAUUCCAGUACUCGAGAAUGUUCCUAGGUUCACAUGAUCCUGGAUUUACAAGCCUGGAUGUAGUCAUUGCAGCUAACACGUAGUAGUUUCAGAAUGUAAAAUUCUAUGUGAUCUUAUCAGCACCUGAGUAAUACGCAAUGUGGUUUUAAAUCACACUAAAGUGCACUUUUUGAGUGCUAUUGUCAUCUCUGUUGGAUUCUACACUAACUUGAGGUUCUGAGGAAAAAAGUAAUUCAUAUAUUCCAUUUGCAACCUUCAACAUGGAUCAGAUUAACUACUUUUACUAGUGCAUAUAGAAAAAAAUGCAACACAAACUUUUUUUCAAUGGGUGCAAAUGAUUUUACCUACCCAUGAUGCAUUCUGAUAUAUUAGCAAAUAUAUUGUGAAAUGUUUUGUUUUCAUCAUCAUCUCAGUAGUUGAGCACCAUAUCACAGUCUCUGCAGAAUCUUGACUGGGAAACAAAAUAAGACCUCUGAAUUUUGGCAGCACUUAUUUUAGAAGAGUUGUACAUUAACAACGUGAAUAUUAAGCAAUGUAGCAGCUAAUAUCAGUAUUUAGUGAAGGAUAGAUACCUAUCAGCUUACAGGAGAUACUUCUGUAAAAAAAUUCUAUUCUAGGCCAGUCAUUUUGGCAGAUCUGUAAUGGAAAAUAACUACAACUUUAAAAAUAGCAGUUUUUCCCGUUCAAGAGCUGUAAGAUUCCAUCACAAGAUCAACAACCACUUUAAAAACAUGACUGCAGCCUCUGUCUCACAGCUUUCCAUUACAGUGAACUUCAGGGCAUGAGAAUGUUCUACCACAAGCUUCUGGAAGCUUUCCGGGAAAAGCCAGGACUCUGCACUUCAGCCAAGAGACUGGGAGUCAAAGAAAGUUUCUGAAAUCAGUGGAUUCUGCUUGAGAACAGAGCCUGGUUAUCAAGUGAUCCAACAUUCAUGAAAGAGAGGAACAAAAAUCUUCCUUGCACACAUGAAACCUUUAGUGAGCCCUUGAUCUGAUAUUUCCUCCUGAGGAGAAGUAGACAUCAUGAAGCAGAAAUUGAGAUCAUCAGUUCAAAUUAUUUUGCUAUUUGCUCUGACUGCAGUGGGUCUGACUGGUCAAUCAUACCCUGGAAAACCUAAGAUAAUAAGAUGUCGUUCUCUAGAAAAGGAAACCUUUUCUUGUUGGUGGAAGCCUGGCUCAGAUGGAGGACUUCCUACCAAUUACACCCUGUUCUACAGCAAGGACAGUGAAGAAAAAAUCUACGAAUGUCCAGACUAUGGAAUGUCAGGUCCCAAUUCCUGCUACUUCGAUAAAAACCACACUAAUCCCUGGACAACAUAUAAUAUCACUGUAAUGGCAAUGAAUGAGAUUGGAAGUAACAGCUCAGAUCCUCAGUAUGUGGAUGUGACCUCCAUAGUUCAGCCAGAUGCUCCUGUGAACCUCUCUCUAGAAACAAAAACAUCUGCUAGCACAACAUACCUUCUGGCAAAAUGGUCUCCACCUCCAUUAGCUGAUGUCACCUCUAAUUCACAUGUAUAUCGCUAUGAGCUACGACUAAAACCUGAGGAAAAGGAAGAAUGGGAGACAGUAUCUGUUGGAGUACAGACACAGUACAAAGUGAAUAGGUUACAAGCUGGGGUGAAAUAUGUUGUUCAGGUCCGUUGUGUGCUAGACAUUGGAGAAUGGAGUGAGUGGAGCUCUGAAAGACACAUUCAUAUCCCCAAUGGAGAGUCACCUCCUGAAAAGCCUACAAUAAUAAAAUGCCGUUCUCCAGAAAAGGAAACAUUUACUUGUUGGUGGAAACCUGGUUCAGAUGGAGGACAUCCUACUAACUACACUUUGCUUUACAGCAAAGAAGGAGAGGAGAGAGUUUAUGAGUGUCCAGAUUACAAAACUGCAGGCCCCAAUUCAUGCUACUUCGAUAAAAAGCACACCUCUUUCUGGACUAUAUACAAUAUAACUGUGAAGGCAACUAAUGAAAUUGGAAGUAACGUCUCUGAUCCUCUUUAUGUGGAUGUGACUUACAUAGUACAGACAGAUCCUCCUGUUAAUGUAACUCUGGAAUUAAAAAAGACAGUCAAUAGAAAACCAUAUCUGGUCUUGACAUGGUCUCCACCCCCGUUGGCUGAUGUCAGAUCUGGAUGGCUUACACUUGAUUAUGAGUUACGACUAAAGCCUGAAGAAGCAGAGGAGUGGGAGACUAUUUUUGUUGGACAGCAAACACAUUAUAAAAUGUUUAGUUUAAAUCCCGGAAAGAAGUACAUUGUGCAGAUUCACUGCAAACCAGACCACCAUGGAUCAUGGAGUGAAUGGAGCUUAGAAAAGUAUAUUCAGAUCCCUACUGACUUUAGAAUAAAAGAUAUGGUUGUGUGGAUCAUCGUCGGUGUCUUGUCAUCUCUUAUAUGUUUAGUCAUGAGCUGGACAAUGGUUUUGAAAGGGUACAGAAUGAUAGCCUUUAUCCUACCACCAGUUCCGGGACCGAAGAUAAAAGGCAUAGAUACACAUCUGUUAGAGACAGGAAAAUCUGAAGAAUUAUUGAGUGCUCUCGGUUGCCAUGGUUUCCCUCCAACAUCGGACUGUGAAGAACUACUGAUAGAAUAUCUGGAGGUAGAGGACAGUGAAGAUCAGCAACUCAUGCCAAGCCAUGACAAUGGUCAUCCCAGUAAAAAUGCAAAAAUGAUAGCCAAGGAGACAGACAGUGACUCAGGCCGAGGAAGCUGUGAUAGCCCUUCUCUGCUUUCUGAGAAGUGCAGGGAGUCCCGUGCCAUUCUAUCAACACUUCAAACCCAAGACAUAAGAGAUGUUCAAGAAAAUAAUGGAAGAAGGCAUUGGGAAACUCAGUGUAUAGCCUCAGAACAGAAAAUACUCCUUUUUAACAAUGAGAGUACAAAAUCGCCCAUAUGGCCUGCAGCUCAGUUACCCGAUAAUCAGCCUCCUAUGUUUGCCUACCACAGUACUGUAGAUGUGCAUAAGAUAACACUGUGUACCAUAGAUGUGAACAUUGCACCAGUUUUGGUGGAAAAUGAAGAACAGCAUCAGCCACAAUAUCCUAUCACUGAAACUGUCCACGACAACAUGGAAAAGCACAGAGAGGUGGAGAAUUUGUAUUCCAAAACUGACCAAACCACAGUGCAGGUCAAACAAAACAGACCUAAUGACAAAUCACCUUUUUCGAAGCCUAAACUAAUGGAUUAUGUAGAAGUUCACAAAGUCAGACAAGAUGAGGUGGCAGCAGUGUUACUGAAACAUAAAGAAAAUAGUGGAAAAAUUGAAAAAUACACUGUUCCAGGAACCAGCAAAGAAUAUACCAAGGUCUCAACCGUUGUAGACCAUAAUAUUCUGGUAUUAAUGCCAGAUUCACGCAUCCAGCACAUACCUGUGUCUCAAGAACCUGCAAUGGAAAUGUCUCAGAACCUUCAGCAAGGUCAGACUGAGAAAAAUAUGAGCUACUGUCUGACAGUUCCAAGCGAGUGCAAAAGAGAGACCAGCGCAUCAGAGUACAUGGACCCAUCUUCCUUUAUACCCGCCUUUAAAUAAGUAGUAGUUAGUACAGUACAUGCUUAAUAGUUACGUACUGUGAAACCGCACCACUUAGCAAACAGUUCCUGAAAACAGCCCAGCCUCCUGUGUGUAUUAUACAGAAAAUAAGCUGUGGGUUGAGGUAGUAAUCAUGGAAGCAAACCUUGGAUCAUUAACAUAUGUUUCUGACACAGGGAAAUGGGGAAACUGAUACUAUCUGCCAUUAAAAAUACAUUACAAACAAAUUAUUCAGCUCUGCAGAUCCUCAAUUAGUUGAUUAAACCUGCAGAUUCAACAAAGAUUAAAAUUCUUGUGGGGCAGUCAGUACACGAUAGUGAUCUGAGCAGUUCCUAAAUCAGAUAAAUCACUGCACAACAGCAUUCUGAUCUACAAUGUCUUUUUUUCUGAAUGUAUUCUGACACUUCAUAUUUUUUCUCAACCCUUAAAAAAGGAGCUCUUAUGUGCAACAAUUCAUAGGUAAAAGAGAAUACAUCCAAAACAUUACAGUUAAAUAAUAAAUUCUUCUAAAUAUCGUCAUUUUGUUUCAGUGUGUCAGAAAACCUUGCAACCCAUUCAUAUCCUAGUCCAGUCAAAUCAAACAUAAAAAGAAUAGCAGGACAAUAUUUGAUAUACUGCCUUACUGUAUAUAAUAUACAAUUCCACUUUAGUACAAGCCCAUGUACUUAACAAUGUAUUUUAAAUGCUAUUUUUCUAUUACCAAAAAAAAAAAAAAAGGCAAAAUAAAGUAUUUUUUAAUUUCCCAAUGCUAUUUAGCUACUUAGAAGCUUUUCUGUUCUGCUGAGACAGCAGUAGCAAGUAAAGCUACCAUUUCUAUAGAAAGCAUAAAAUUAAACUUUAUACUACUUAAAAAUAUGAAGUAAUUUCUAAACUGUAUUUCUAAUAUAUUGCAGAUAUAUUACAAUUUGAAUUGUAAAUUAUUUAUUGCACAUGUUUUUUAUCACCUUUAAUGAUAAAAUGAAAAUAGAUUCUAGGUUUUGAGAGCAAAGCAUCUUUCCCACUGAAUUUCUACUCUGAUGCCAGUCAUGAAUGGAAUAGUGUUCUCCUGCAUCCUUAGACUUUGCACUUUUCUCUGAGCCUGGAAGGAAAGUUUGAAGUGGAAUUUUUCAUAAUGAACUUAACAAUAAUAAUUAUGGAAUCCAGCCUACAAAGUAAAAGAUACAAAGCAUGAAAUCUGAGUCAGAGCUCUGCUAAAAUAGUGGUGGGAAUGAGAAAAGGAGUCCAUGGGAUAGACAAAUGUCCCUGGAACAGCAGUGGAACAGUGAGGAUUCUUCACGUCCCAUGUAACAAAAGGCAGAAUCAAAAUUAUACCGGAAUGGCUCUGAACUUACUGUGGUCCUUCCUUUUUUAAACAAAAGUUUAACUUACUCCAGGAAAGUGUGACCAAGUGAUGACUGAUUAAAACUGGGCCAAGUAUUUAGCCAGUAUCGGUGGCUUCAGGGGAAACUGGAAAUGUAAGGUAAGGGAAAUUGUACUGUACGCAUCAAGGAAAGUGUAUUACUAUAGAUGAGCUCUCUUCUGUUUCUGUCCUUCCUUUACAUUUCUCCAGCUUUUCAUGGUUUUGUGCACUGAGCCAGCCUUCCUGCAGUAUUGGGUAACCUGCUGCAGAGCCAGCCAAAAGAGACUUUCACAUUUUGAGGGUCGCAGAAGGCCACACCUCAUUUGGCAGACCAGCUUCUCAUCUUUUACCUUCAUGACAUGGAACCACUCAAGUACAGAUCAGCCAAGCUGUCUAGCCCUUCAGCUGGCAGGACUUCAGAAUUUACCUAAUUAUCUGUGUGUCUGUAAACAUAUGUGUUAGUGUAUACCAACAUUUACUUUCGGCGUCAAAUUUAGAGACUGUGGCCUCUCUACAAGCAACAUGCUGCCCACUUCCAGAGGUUGAUCAGAGCAGUCUGGAUGCUCUGUUGAAUGUAUAGGGAGGUUUUCUUAGAUUCUUAGUUCAGACACUUAUUUAUCACUUGAAGACGUUAGAUGGCUACUCCAGAGAGCAGCCAGACAUAAAAUUUUGUUUAGUUAUAAUUAACAGGAUAAUUUUACUGUAGCAUUUGUAGUAUAUCUUGCAAAUUUUCUGGGGAUAUUAAAAAUACUACAAAGAAACUUUAUCAGCUCUAUCAGUCAAGACUGGAAUGAUUUGCAGGGCAGCAAUUUGUGUGUGUGCAUGUACGUAUGUAAUACAAUAACAUAUUCUUUCUGACAGUGCUUCAUUUACACUUCAGUUUUCUGACUGAAUCUGACAGAGCUGAUCCAGAUCAGCCACAUUCUCUUUUCUUACAGAUAGCCAUAUCUGAGCCAAGCUGUUCUUUUUUCUCCUAAUGCUGUGCAUAAAGACAUGCUGCUACAGGCCUUCCGUGGUGCAUCUGGUGAUGCAAAGAGGCUAUAGAAUCUUAUCAAACCACAGCAUAAAGAUUUUCCAUAUGUAGUGGAUUUCUUAGUGAAAACCCAGGUGAUUAUAUGAUGUUACAAACUGAAGAAAGCAGGGGAUAAGGUGUCAGCAGCAGGCUGUUGCUGUCAUAUCAGUUACGUUGGACCAGAGGCAAACAGACACAACUUUUAGCAGAUUAUUCAUCCUGCCUAACUGUAGGUAUCUAUAUGUGUACCUCCAGUAAUGCACACAGAAAGAGAACUGAGUAGAAGAGUUUCUAUGCUUUGCCAUAAAUUGGUACUGAAGCUGCAAAAUAACUGUAACGUAAAUUACAUUGUGAGGUGUAGAUUCUCUCCCACCUUUGCUGAUGAAUAUCUCAAUGUGCCAGAUCAUUGUGGCUUUCUGUGAAAAAGGAAGUUCAGACAGAGUAGAAAAGGUGCAUUUGCCCGUUGCUCUGAUGUAGCUAAGCUUUUUGAGGGAUUUGCUAGCUAAGUACAAUUUGAACACUAAUUUCAUUACUAUCUUAUUCUGUAAGCUGAACAAAUGUGUAGGUUGAUUAUUUUUCCCUUGGAUUUGUUUUUAUUUUCCAAAACACCUUGUUACGCCCCAGGUGGAAGCAACACCUUCUGAAAGUGGCCUUUAACAUCUGGAAGUAUGUUAAGAAGAGAAUAAACUAGUGUUCUGUAAAAUCAGAAUAACUUUCAGCUAAGUGUGUGGGCCUUUGGAUGUUCAAAUAUUUCAUUCCUUCUGUUUGCAACAAUAUUUUUGCUUGUAGCUCCUUAAGGAAUAGGUUUUUAUUAGGAAAUAGAUGAGAUUUUGCAGCAGUUGCACAAAGUUGAUUGUUGUAAAAUUACAACACACCAGUGGGGAUUAACAGGCUCUUAACACCUCCUUUGAUAUAGAGAGGGGUGCAGUAUGUAACAGAAGUUACACCUAGGAAAGGGAAUUGACCCUCUUAACUCUUGCACCAUUGAAUUUCUUACUUUGCAUAAUUAUUUGAAAAUUUUGAACAAUGUUUUCAAUGUCAAAUUUAUGCAUGCAUCACUUAAAGUAUGAAUUACUUUUUAGUAGCAUAAAAGCCCUAAAAGGAAGCAUGAAGACUCUUCAGAAAUAAUUAAUUUUAUAGAAUUCAUAACAUUUAAUAUAUACAUUUUUAAUUCAUUACCUUUCCUUUAUACUUGGACUAAUUUUGUUAACAGUUUUUCUUCAGUAUUGACAAACAUGACUCAUCUCAAAUUUUCUAAUUAGGCUUUUUUCUUUAGCAAAGACAUAUUUGAUGUACAAUUUUAGUAUUUCAUUGUAAUAUUUGUGACUUUUAAAUAAAUACAAUUUACUGAAGUAGGACAUGUGCUCCCAAAACUCACCGUCACAUAAAACACAGGCUUGUAGAAUGGUCUUGAUGAUACUAUGUAACUAAAAACAUUAUUUAAUAAAAAUUCAGUAAGUUGAUCUUAUACAAUACUAGCAAGAGGAUAUGUGUGUUUAUGGAACAAACUGUAAAACAAAUAUGUAAUGAUAACUGAUUUAUCUUAAAGCAGUGAAUUCUGUGGCAUAUCUGUUUAUGUGUCUGUGUUUAAUGGCUGGAAAAUAUGCAGUUGCUUUCAAUGUCAUUGAAGUAUUUAAAGUGUAGUAACAGCAGGUGUUCAAAGUGAAUAAGUAGAAAUUUUUUGUGAUCUCUGAAGCAUUGUAUACAUGGGGUUCACAUCAUGAAGCCUAUAAAUGUAUUUCAGAGUUUUUCAUUAAUUGUAAACAAUUUGAAGGUGUUGUGCAAGGAAACCAAAGUCAUCUAAGCCAGUUGUUAGGUAUUACUCGUCUUCUACAAAGCCAUAAAGACAAAUGAAAUUAAAAAGUGUCAUGAGAUCAAGCAUCAUAUUCUCAAAGAGUUGCUACCUCAGAUUAUUUUUUUGCUCCCUUUAAAAAGGCAGAAAAUAUUUUACUUCUUGUAUCAAAUUGUGAAUAAUUCUAUCAAGAUUUUUAAAAUCUUAUUCAUAAUGUUCAAAUUAUUUUUGUUAACUAACAGCUUGUCAUGCUUGUCAGUGCAGAAACGUCACUUAUGUUGCACUGGUAUUACUAGGGUGGGAUAUUUGAGAUGUGUAACAUAAUUAUAUGUUUUUAAUAUGAAAAAAUAAGAGAAAUUUCUGUCUUGUUGGGAAAGCCAUACUGACCAGAUUGGCAGCCAAGCAUGAGUCCCUUUUCUGGGCUGAAAAGUUUUUUGCCACUGCCGGUCUGCCCAGAUUGUUAGGACUGAAUGAGCUGAGUUGACAGAGAUGCUCUGAUUCUGGAUCUCAGCAAUGGAACUGAGCUUUUAUCACUAGUUCCUGUUUAUUGUAGAAAAACCUGUUUUCAGCUGAGUUCUGUAAAGUAAAUCUUCAAACUCCAUCCCUAAAUGAGUGAAAAUGGAGACUAGCCCUGCUGUCAACUAUCUCAAACCCUCAUACUAAAUACAGACUCCUGUGGAUGUGGAAAGGUGGACUGAAUUAAAUUAAUUGGAAGAGUCUUGUGGCCCUGCCUUGAAAGCCAUUUUAAAACAAAUAUGGGAAUUCCUUCAUUUUUCCUGUGUAUGUCAAGCAGGAGAUUAAAGAUAAAUGGACUACAUAAAUACAUAGUAUAUGGGGAUAUAAAGUGAGCUUAGUGAUUGGAAAAGGGACACAGUUGCAGAAUAGGAGUACAGUCACUACAGGAUGGUAUAUAGGUAGGUCAUCAGAGAAAUCGGGAGGAUAAACAUGCACUGAGAGGGAGGAAGAAGAGCAAAUGGAAGCAAAAGAAUCAAAUAUAAGAGUAGGUAGGGGGAAAACGGAAACUAGUAGAAGAACAGUGAUGAGUUUCAGAGGGAAAAAAAAAGGAAGAUAAGAAAAUACUUUUAUAUCAAAGUGGGGAUAUGCACAGCUACCUGAGAUAGUCCACAAAAGUAAUAAAGCCUUUUUAAAUGCUAAAGAGUUGGCAAAACACUGAAAUUGGCUACUAUGGAUCAAUGAUUACAUACGAGCAGAAAAAGUCCUAUACAUGAGAAGUGGUCAUUCAGUUCUAUCAGUUACAGGAUUUUCUUCCAUGUAUCUAACAUUGGUCCCAGGCAAACAGAAUAUUUAAAGAGGUAGAUCCUUCAAGUCAUCUGCUGUUGUAUUUUCUACAUUCCUAAGGAAAAAAUCCAGAGAAAUUAAGUGUACCACAUUGUUUUUAAAAGCAACCUUCAAUUUUCAGACAGAUCUACAGAUGAGACGUAUCUAUCUAUUUACAUUGCCUCACACAUAAGCCUAUCAUUCUUAAGCAUUCUUCUAUUUUUUAUUUAUUAAAGAAAAUGUAAUGACCUGGAAGCUCCAAGAGAAAAAGUACUUUGGGGAUACUGCUAAAUAGUCUGUUGGAAUUUCUGGGCAUUGUUUAGUUUGUACCUGCGACAAUUUAUCUGUUACAUUUUCCUUAAUCACAAAGUCCCUGUCUUCGUGAUAAAUUUAGAAAAUUACCAAAUCAGGCGUACAAUAUAGCUCUCCCAUUUAAGCUAAGUUUGUAAGAUAAACUAUUCUAUCUCUCAGAAGCUUAAGAGGUUGGUGUGUAGAGCAGUUAGAGAUAAGAAAGUCCUUUUAUACAUCUUCCUCUUUUUAUUUCUGGAAGGUUUAACAUCCUUUUCUACUUUGUGAUGCUGCUUGUCUUGGACCUUGUCUUUAUUUAACGUUUUUUUUCAGGACAGUGCUGCUUUUGGGUUUGUUUUUGUGAGCUGCUGAGUACCUUCACCUUAUUUUGACAUCUGUAGAAGUGGAAAGAUUUCAUUCCAAUUACUACAAAAACUGGAAUGCUCGGUUUUACAGACGUGUAGCCCUGAGUAGAAUUUUUACAGGAUGCUGUCCACUUGUAGAACAAACCGCUUCAGUAGGACAAGAAAUGAUAUAUGUCCAGGAAGAGGCAGAUUUUUCUACAUGUGGAAUACAUGCAGAAAUAUAAUGAUGUCAAAUCAUUUUUUCUUAAUAUUCAUAAUGCUGUAGACUACUUGUUAUUCUCUUUCCUGUGUCUUUCAUUCCAAAAGGAAGAGGAAACUACUGCUCUGCUACACUCAGAAAGAGCUCCUGGGCUGCAUUAGUGGCCUACUUCCCAGCACAGAAAGAGAUGAUCCAGUAUUUAAAGCAAACUUAUUGCUAUUUGCAUAAAUCAUUUCAUUGCUAGCCUUGCAAUACAAGCCACGCAUUUUUUCCAUUACAGUUUCAGAAGCUGCAUGCAAUCUGGAACAUCCAAGGUGUCGUAGUGUCAUUACUGUAGCAACAGAAUGACUUGAAGCACAAUUAUUCUAUGAACCAGAUCCAAAUGUUUUGUAAAUUUCUAAAAUUUAAUAAAUUACAGAAAGUAGUUUUCAUAUGCAGUAUGUACAUUGGUUGGAGAAAACUCGUAUAAAAAUAGUUGCUCAGGAAUUCUUCAUUGUUUCUAAGUGUAUUUGAAGGAAAAUGCUUUAAAAUGUAUUUUUUUAAGUUCUUAAUAUUGAAAAUGCUAGCUUUAAUAAAAUCUGUUAGCUAUUUCACUCAUAAGAUCAAUAUUGUUACUGAACUCUGUAGCUUUCUGAUGGACUUUUCAAUCUUUUGGCAUUGUAAAAUCUCUUUGCAAUGGUGUUUGCAUUUCAAUUUAAUAAAAGGUCUUGAAUAAAAUUCACAAA